AACACCGGUGGCGAUACAGUGUGAGUAACGCGUGAGCAAGAACGCGAGGCGCGUCAACAUAGGUCAACAAACCCGGUCAACAAACAGCUUUCGCCUUCUUUCACCAGUUCACCCUCAUCUGCUCGUACAAAUCUGUUUCGGUCUACUUCCUCUUGGAAGAUUUAAUACAUGUGCAUUGAAUAUGACGCAGGUUCUUUGUGUUGCCGAGAAACCGUCGAUUGCAAAGGCAAUAACCCAAAUCUUGUCUGGGGGUCGAUUCACUACUCGGAAUACGCGAUCUAGCUUCAUAAAGAACUAUGAUUUUGACUAUCCACAAACUAAUUCUCAAUAUACUGUCACCGCCGUUGCUGGACACUUGACAGACCUCGACUUCCCUGAGACCCACAGAAAAUGGCAUUCCUGUGAUCCCAUCGAUCUCUUCUACGCUCCGGUGCUUGUUGAGGUCAAGAAAGAGAACAAAUCAAUGGAAACUAACAUCUUCAACGAGGCCAAGAAGGCAAGCAUGCUUAUGAUAUGGACGGAUUGUGAUAGGGAGGGAGAACAUAUAGGAUCGGAGAUUGCAAAUGUUGCUAGAAGAGCACGUGCUGGUAUUGUCGUCAAACGUGCUCGUUUUAGUGCUAUCGUUGCCCAGCAAAUCCAUCAUGCAGCUCAACACCCAGUGGAACUCAACAUGAGGCUCGUUCAUGCGGUUGAAGCCAGGCUAAUAACUGACCUGAAGAUUGGCGCAGCCUUCACUCGGCACCAAACAUUUCAACUUCAGAACCAUAUUGAGAAGGAGGGCGUCAUCUCUUAUGGACCCUGUCAGUUUCCCGCACUCGGCUUUGUUGUUUCACGAUCCAAGGAUGUCAAGGAUUUUAGACCGGAAAUAUUUUGGUACAUCCACCUCGCCUUGACUGCGGAAGAUGGUCAAGAAACAAGUUUCAGUUGGAAAAGAGGACAUCUUUUUAGUGAGGAUGAGGCAAUCGUGCUUUACGAACAUGUUAUGGAGAAUCCACUUGCGCGGGUAACAAAAGUUGAGAAGAAAGAAACAAAAAAAUGGAAACCUCUUCCUCUCACUACAGUCGAGCUGCAGAAAGCAGGCUCUCGUUUACUCAAGCUCUCGCCAAAAAAGGUGCUGGACAUUGCGGAAAAGCUCUAUCAACAGGGCUUUCUUUCCUACCCUCGAACUGAGACCGAUCAGUAUGACCCGCAAUUUGACUUCCACAUCCUUAUUGAUAAGCAAAGGGUGGAUCCUUCUUGGGGUGAUUUUGCCACUUCGCUGCGAGAGGGCGAGUUCUGUGCUCCUAGGAAGGGUAAGAAUAACGACAAAGCACACCCUCCGAUACAUCCUACUGCGCAUGCCGGUAACCUCGCUGGUGAUGAGCGAAAGGUAUAUGAGUACAUUUCUCGAAGGUUCUUGGCGUCUUGUUCCAAAGAUGCGAAAGGGUGGCAAACAACUGUGGAGGUCAUAUGCGGUGACGAAUAUUUCGCAGCGACAGGCUUGACUGUCACAGAGAAGAACUACUUACUGGUAUAUCCGUACGAGAAGUGGAACACCAACGAACUACCAGACUUCGAGGAGGGCAACGAGUUUGAACCUUCAAUCUGCGAGCUACGAGAUGGACAGACAACGAAGCCAACUUACUUGACAGAGGCUGAUCUGGUGGCUCUGAUGGAUAAGAAUGGUAUCGGAACCGAUGCAACUAUUGCUCAACACAUCGACACUAUCAUCGCACGUGAAUACGUGAUUGAACAAUUUGAAGGUCAAACCAAAUACCUUCUUCCGUCAACUCUUGGGAUCGGGCUCAUUGACGGGUACAACAAGAUGAAUUUAAACAAUACCAACCUCGGAAAGCCAUUGUUGCGUCGCGAGACCGAACGCCGAAUGGUCAAAGUAGGUCGCGGAGAAACGACCAAGGAAGCGAUGAUUUACGAGAGUUUGGAGCAAUAUCGGGCGAUGUAUAUCAUUGUGCAAAGGGAAUUUGACAAAGUUAAACAGUGUGUCCGGCAAUAUCUUGACGAAGCGAGAAACCAGCCGGUCGGUGGUGGUGACAACGGAGGUGGCCCCCGGGAUGGGCGCGGCGGGAGGGGCGGAGGUGCACGAGGGCGAGGGCGAGGGCGAGGCGGACGUGGAGGUGGAAACGGAGGCGGAGGACAUGGUGACGAACCCCAUGAUGACGGCGAUGCGCCCAACCCGGGAGGUGGAGGUCGAAGGGGAAGAGGGCAAAGUACCCGAGGGACCUCUGCACGCGGAAGAGCCAAUGCACCUCAAUGUCAACGAAACGAAACACCUCUUGACAUCGAAUCAGAUCAUACCUAUCGACCAAAUCCUCCUAGGCCAUCGAGCACGCACGCUGUGCCACAGCCUAUCUCCACUCCAAGAACUUCCGCGACUGGAAGUGUACCCAGGGGGGCUUUGACCAUCAAACUCUGCCAGUGUCAAGAACCGGCUGUCGAAAGGUCGAAUUCUGCGGGUAAGAAGUACCUAUGUUGUGGGAACGGCAUCUGCCACUUAUUCGAAUGGGUCGAGACGCCAUCGUCACGCCCUGUUCCACCUUCAUUAUCCCGACCUACCACGAGUUCUCACCCCGUUUCUGUUGAGGAACCUCCACGAUGUGAUUGUAACGUAUCUGCUGCUCAACGGACCGUGGUUAAAGAUAACGAGAACAAGGGUAGAAAGUUCUGGACUUGUGGAAAUGAACGUGCUUGCAAAUACUUUCAGUUUGUGGAUGAACCAACUUCAAAUGUACCGGCGAAAAGGACUCAUUCCAAUACUGUGAACGCUGGAACGUCAAGCCAGAACGAAACCCCGGAUGCUUGCUACAAGUGCUACGAGCAAGGUCACUGGGCGUCGCAAUGCCCGAACGAUGGUGGGCCAACAAAGAAAUCAAGGGUUGCUUCGGGGGCACAAGCUUCUACAAGUUCCAGCGGUAGUGACACAUGCUUCAAGUGUAGUCAGGAGGGACAUUGGGCAUCGCAAUGCCCCAACGAUGACGACUCGGGGGCAAGGACGCGAAACUUCGGAACCUCUGCAACAAAUAUACUCAGUUCAGCUACUUGCUACAAAUGCAACGUAACUGGACAUUACAGUAACAAUUGUCCUAACCCAAAUAAGACCAGCAGUAAGUCAACUAGGGGCGGCAGUAGCAAAGGAUCCAUUCGCGGUCGUGGUGGUACAAAAGGAGGCGGUCGUGGACGUGGAAGAGGAAAAGGGGCAACAAAAACGAAAUCGGGCUUCACAGCACCAGCUGGUUUCUAGAUUUUCACGGAUUGAGAUUUGUAACUUUGAUUUCGUUUGGAGUUUAUAGUUUACUUCUCCCUCUAAUCAGGGCGCCGACAGGUUCGAAGUCAACUUCCAUCCUUGUUCGUCCUAUUUAACUCAUAGUCUCGAGGGUCGGUCACAACUUCGCCUUCGUUUUUAUGCCGCACAACAUAGAAUACACUGAUGAAUGAUGGUAGGGAUCGGAAGCCGUGUGGUAGCCAAUAUUUGUCCCUUUGCCUUGUACCCCAGGGAUUGUAGCCACAAACACCCUCAGUUUUGGCGGACACGUGCUACUUUCACAUGCCUCCCACCAGCGAAAAACGCACAAGUCGCGCCGCUCAGUCAUUACCAAGG